AUGAGCGUCAAGCGAGCUCGCAACGACGCUGAUGGGGCGGCCGGGGAACCAGACAAGAAGAAGCGCAAGGGAUUUUCGGUCGGGCCAGCCAAUCUUCCUGAUGGCACUUACCGGCGCAAAACACAAAAGAUCAAGAAGGAUCUCAUUCAGAAGGCAAAGGUGAAGAAGGCGUAUGCAAAAGUGAAGGCGCAGGAAGAACUAGCAACGACACACACAUUUGCCUCUGGCCAACCCGCGAAUCACCGUCCGGACCCGGCUCCGUCAAGCCUUGAGCUUCACCCUGACCGUCAAGCAAUGUUAGAAAACGACCAUACACGUGGCAGACGGACUUUUCCGCAAGAGGAUGAAUCAAAGCUGCACAGAAACGUAGAUGGCCGGCCAGGACAGCAUAGGUCGAAACAGUCGCGCUACAAGAAGGAACUGGAAGCUGCGACCCAACGUAAGGCGGAAAUUGAGGCAAAACGCAAAGCUAUGGAGGCUCGUGAGAAGGAUAGGAAAGCUAUGUCCAAGGCCAAACGACCCGGCGUCGAUGGGAAGGCCAAGCUAGGUCGACAAGGGACCGUCUUACUCGAUCGAAUCCGCAGACUAACCGAAGAGGGGAGGAUAUGA